CCGCAGAUUUCCCUUAUGUUUCUGUUGAAGCUUUGGAAGAGCUCUGCAAAGAGAUAGACGAAUUGUUGGAUUUAUGUAAUUGCUAUGAAGAUGAACACGAAGAAAAGUUAAAAACUAAAAGAAAAAAUACUGAGCUGAAAAAGCAAGUGAUAGCCAAAGAUCUUGAAUUUAAAGAAUUGAUUAAAGGAAAUGUGACUAAUGAAGCAAAGUUAGAAGUUUCUGAGGAAAAAACUAAAGAACUUAAAAGCGAGAUUAAACCAAUAAGAGAAGAGAAUCUGCAAAAAACUAAAGAACUAGCAGAAAAAGAAGCCGAAAUUUUUUCUUUACAUAGGCAGUUAGCUCAAUGCAAAGUUAAAGCUUCUGAUAGCGAACUUAAUUUGGCGGAGAAAGAGUUAAAUAAUAUUGCUAAGCGAUUUGAAAUAGAAAAAAAACAUAAGAAAGAAUUAUGCGAUGUUUAUCGUCAAUUAGUUCGUUUGAGAGAAAAGAGGGGUGAUAACAAAACGGAAAUUGAUAAUGCUGAAAAGAAAAAAGCAGAUAUUUUGGAUGAAUUAGAAAAAAAAAUUGAUGACGAAAACAAUGUGUUAGAUUUCAGUAGACAGUGCGAAAAAGUCGAGGUGUUAAAGUUUCAGCUAGAAGAAUUUAAGCAACAACAAAGGCAGCUUGAAGCACAUCAGGAAUAUCGCCGCCCUUAA